GUCUUGAAAAGUGGUGCAGCCCGACCACGAAACGAACGAACGAACGGCAGCAUGCGAGAUCGCGAAGCAGCUCUGGCGAUCUGCGCAGAAUCCACGCUACGCUGCAGUAGAGGUGCUAUAAACAGGCGAAACCGGGUCGGAGGACGGUGUCCGUUGGGAGUGCGACAAGUGGGAGGAGAAGACCGGUGAGUGCGGUAGGUGGGUAGAGUACUAUCGCGACGAAACGUGUUGUGCUCUCUUCUUUUUUUGUUUCGCAUGGUCGGAUGGGCGGAAGGUGGAAGGACGGAUGAACACAGACUUCAGUACAGGUGUGUAUAAAUUAUUGUAGGUGUGUCAAACAGAGUGAAAAUUUUCCAAACACAUGCACACCGAGUAUGAGUGGUGAGUAUCUACCAGUCAGUUACAUCCGGAUCUCCUCCCACUGCCUCCCCCUCCUCCCACUGCCUCCACCCUCCCCCUUCCCCUUCCCCUUCCCCUCCAUCACCCACCUAAUACCUAUAAUCCUCCUCCUCCUCCCAGUACUCAGGCGCCUCCACUACCGUAGUAUCGACCAAAUCGCCAUUGCGGUACUGCACGCGCUGAUUCCGCUCAUCGACGGGUCGCUGGGAGUUGGCGAUCGCGAUCGCGCCCGAGCGCACCUUGUUCUGGAUGCUGUCGACGUCGAAGGCCGCGGCGGCUUUGUUGGGGGCCGGGCGGCGCUGUGCUGGCCCCGCUGCUGGCCCCGCUGCUGGUCGUGGUACUGCGACUGCAAUCGCCGUAGAAGCAUAUAUGAGCGCGAGCAGCAUGAAAUAUGGGUUGCACUGCAUGGUGGGUAUUAUGUUUGACUGGACUGGGCGGGCGCGCGUGUGGGGGCGGGUAGAGAGGGAAUUAUUGGGAGGGGGGAGGGGAGACCGCGGACGAGGGAGACGCGGGCUUUAUGCCGCCGUCGCCCGGGCCGUUCCGGAGGGGAUUGGGUGGAGGGAAGGAGGUGACAGGCGGAGAGAGAGAGAGUUUGGUUGCGCAAGCACACUCUCCACCACCACUACCGUAAACUCUGCGAGUCGAGGGGUGAACUCAUUGCACACGUACGG